AUGCCAUCAAGUUUGGCGUAUUCAGGAACCAGAUCCUUCAAUGAAAAUGCUCGCUCUUUAAACCUCACUCGAAUGGGGACCGACGACAAGUCCAUGGACGACAGCCGCCCCAAAAACGAGGAUGUAUUCCUAAACAUCGCGAGAGCUGAUUCUGGCCGUCGCGAUUCCAUAGGUCGCUCAGAUUUUAGACGGUCACGCCUGGGUUAUUCGACGCAGAGUCUGCGAUCGCCGACCUCAGAACAAACCCCCUCACCCGAUCAGCGAUACAGCAACCCCGACCCCUUGCUUGCUCAAUAUGAUUCUCCCACCAUCCCCUACAGCUCCCACACACCGGCGUCUGCUCACCCGCUCGAUGAGCCGGGUCGCUUUCGCUACAGCAGCCUGGGGACUGGCUCGCGAUCCACUGUCGGCGUCCCUCGAAGUCGCUUCAGCCGCACAAGCCCAGAGACCUCCCCCCGGACACCAUCUGUCGACGAGCGUCGCGCUUCUAUGCACGAUCCGCGCCACCGCCAUUCCGGAAUUUCUACAAUCCGAGGCAGUCGGCAGCCCUCUACGUCGGAAGUGACCGAACGAGCACGAGCCGAUACAGAGCGAUCACGGGUGGAUGGAACCGAAUCGACCCUGUCAACGACCGCGCCUUCCACUGUUUGGGACGAACUCGACGAACUGAAGGAUCGCAUCAAAAAGCUGGAACUGACAGGGAAACUACCCCCGUCAUCCUCCGCAGCUAUGUACAGUCCUUCCACCGAACGACCGCGGACUGCAAACACAGCCAUGACCACCAUAUCCUCCUCUCCCAAGUACCACCGCAAAGCUAGUGUCUCGGGAGCAGACACGGACUCGAGCUAUAAUAGUCAGGUGCAACCUAUAUUGCAAUCGGCGCUUUCCAAGGCGAAGCUUGUCCUGAGCGGUGAGGUGUAUACCUCCCUCGAAGCAACAAUCACCGAUGCUCUGACCCUGACCACCGCGUUGGGCGCCAAUGCCACCCAAUUGGCUAACAUGUCUGCCGUGAACGGGGGGUAUACUUCUCCCGACAGGCACGCCCGUCGCAAAGCGGAUAGUGUGUGCCGGAGCCUGACCGAGCUAUGUCUCGCUUUGACCGACGAACAACUCAAGAAUCAUCGCCCAUCGUCGAGCCGCGAGACUGGCGGGCAUUCCCAGCUGUCGAAUGGCACGGAGCCCAAUCCGCGCAUGUCAGUACCGUCGUAUCAGCGACAAGCGACCCAGGAGCCUGAAGGGCUAGAGCGACGUCACAGUACGACACGUAUAUCCAGUCGUCUCGAUGCACGUCGAGCAUCGCUGGUCAACACCAGCCCAGGCAACCUGGCAGAAAUAAAGCAAAGCCCGAACCGAUCGCCUGGAAUCCCUACCCCGAGCACUCGUUUAAACCGCGCAUCAACCUCUCUCCGCAGCCGCAGGCUUACAUUGGGCGAGGAGAAUAGCGAGACCGAUAGUCCUCACAGUCGCUCGGUCUCCAGGGCCAACACCGAGAUCGGUAUACCACUUUCAACCCCAGGAAUACCUCAGCGCCAACGGUUCUCUCACAAUCGCACCAUCUCUCGAUCCAUUUCCGGCGCGCAGCCAGACCAAGCAAACAUCGGCAUCUCCCCCCGUUCUCCGCAAUACCAACCCCAACACCAACCCUCUCAAGUCCCCCAACCAACAUCACAAACGCCCACCCCCCGGACCCCCACCCUCUCAUCCAAUCUCUCCUUCCGUCGAAGCUACAUGAGCCCAGCCACUUACACCCCCGCAACGGCCCGCUCCAAUAUCCAAGCUGGCUCUCGCCGCUAUGGUCUAACACCCAGCUUCUCUUCCAACAACGUUCAGGCCUCGGACGAAAACUCUAGAUUACCUCUGGAAUCCUCGCAGACCAGAAUCUCUGCCCCAUCAACCAAGACAGCAGCAAGCUACACCCCAAUCCAACAACAGCGGCUCCGAACAAACAGUCUGGGCGCGCGGCGGUUCGGUCUGCGAAAUCGAGCCCCCACAACACCAAACAACAACAUCAACCUAGACGAUAGCAUCGAUUAA